AUGAACAAGCUGCAGAGACUGCUUCAGAACAAGAUCCUGAUCCUGACAAUAUGUGCUGCUGGGAUUGGAGGCACUUUCCAGUACGGUUACAACCUCUCCAUCAUCAAUGCCCCAGCCUCAUACAUCCAGAUGUUCAUGAACACCACCUGGCUGGAGCGCAUGGGCGUUCCCUUGGAGAGCAACGUCAUCCUGCUGCUCUGGUCCUUCACGGUCUCUGCCUACCCUCUGGGUGGCCUCACUGGGGCUGUGGUUGCUGGGCCCAUGGCCAUCAUGCUGGGCAGGAAGAUGUCCCUGCUGUUGAACAAUGUUUUUGUGAUCAUAGCUGCAGCCUUGUCUGGGUUCAGUCGGAUGGCCAAAUCCUUUGAAAUGAUUAUGCUCAGCAGAUUUUUUACUGGUGUGAAUGCAGGUGUAAGCAUGAAUAUUCAGCCCAUGUAUCUGGCAGAGAGUGCCCCAAAGAAGCUCAGAGGAGCUGUGGCCUUGACCUCUGCAUCAUUUACAGCCCUGGGGCUGGUGCUGGGCCAGGUUGUUGGACUCAGGGAGCUCCUAGGAGGGGAGGAGAGCUGGCCAUUCCUUUUAGCAAGCAAUGUGGUUCCUGCCCUGAUCCAGCUCACAGCUCUGCCUUGGUUCCCUGAAAGUCCCAGGUAUCUCUUGAUUGACCGUGGAGACAAAGAAUCCUGCAUUUCUGCACUGCAGAAGCUCCGAGGCACCAGUGACCUGAGUGCAGAGCUGGAAGAGAUGCUGGCAGAGCAGGCUGCUGUGAAAGGCCAGAGAGCAAAGAACCCGUGGGAGCUGUUCCAGAAUCCAGCUCUGAGGUGGCAGCUGGUGAGCAUCGUUGUGCUGAGCAGUGCCAUGCAGCUCUGUGGGAACGACUCGAUGUAUUCUUAUGCAGCUUAUGUGUUCCAAGAGGCUGGAAUUCCUCAGGACAAAAUUCCCUAUGUUGUAAUUGGCACAGGAAGCUGUGAGCUGAUCACAUCUGUCACUUGUAACAUGAUUAUAGACUACGCCGGUCGGAGGCCGCUGCUGCUGGGGGGAUAUAUCUUCAUGGCAGGAUGGGCCAUUGUCUUCAUGGUCGCUCUGAGCCAGCAGACUCAGAUUAGCUGGAUGCCUUAUCUCAGCAUGGCCUGCAUUUUCGCCUAUAUCCUGAGCUUUGGAAUCGGACCAGCUGGUGUAACAGGAGUUCUGCCCACAGAAAUUUUUGAUCAAAUGUCCCGACCAGCUGCUUACAUGAUCUGUGGCUCCCUGCUCUGGUUCAAUCUAUUUCUGGUUGGAACAGCCUUUCCAUUCAUUGUGAAAAGUCUAGCACAUUUCUGCUACAUCCCAUUCCUUGUGGUCUGUGUCUGCACUGCCCUCUACGUUUGGUUUUUCCUUCCUGAGACAAAGGGGAAGUCCUUUCUGGAAAUCUCAGAGGAGUUCAGGAAACGGAACUUCAAAACUAAGACCCGUGCAGGUUUCUAUAAAGGCCCUGAGGAGAUCAAAACCACCACACUGUAG